AUGACGGCCGUGCCGCAGACGUGCGGAGGGGAUAGUUCUUGGCGGCACGCCGCUUCCGGAAGCGCCUUCCCACCGACGCUUCCGCCCAGGCGUCCCGUCAGCGCGGCUGUUAGCAACGCCGAGGGGCACACAGCCCCGCCCUCCCUCAUACGAGACAAUAAUGAGGCUGUGUUGUUGCAGCACCCACUUAUCACGGCGGCAGACUACUGCGAUCGAAAGCAACUCCUUUCACAUAUAUCGUUCCUUAGCGGCCAGCUGCAGCGGGCAGAGCUGCUGUUGCAAAACGCACCCCGUGCGAUGGUGUCCGAUGAGGCGUUGGCCCGCUUCGACCCCUUUCUUGCCCAGGGACACAUUGACCGUCUCGAGAGCUCCCUGGCGCAGGUUGCCCUCUUACGUGAGGUGGAGCAGGAGCGGAGCCGUGCACUGGAGGAGGAGUUGCGUGAAGUGCGCCUGGAGCGCAACCGUCUGGUGGAGCGUGUCGACAGCUUAGACAGCCGGGCGACGACACUGGAGGCGGAGAACACGCGACUGAGCAACGCCCUGUCCUCCGCCCAGCUUGAGGUGGAGCAGCUGCGGUUGGAGGAGACCACCCUGCACCGCCGGCUGUCGUUGAUUGACGAGCUGCAGGACGAUGGCCAUCGCUACCAGGGCGUCAACGUCGUUGUUGCCCCACCGCGGCAGGCUGAGGCACGGCAAGCCUGCGCCCGAGCCGUAAAGGAGCUGCAGAUGGAGGAAGCGGCUCAAAGGCUCUCACUUCUGGUCGACAUGUUAAUGGAGCCCAUUUGCAUCGCCUUCGAUGCGGGGGUAGUGUGGAUCACGGAGACGCAACUGCAUCGGGCCAGCGUGCAACUAUACCACGCGGAGGUGCCUGGCUUCUCAAGCGACGGCGCCGGUCUGCCGACCGGGGUAGGGGAGAACAGCCCGCUUGGAGAUGUGGGGGAUGACACAUUGCCGCCCGCCGCCACGGGGCUGGAGCCUCCGGGUGAGCGGCAGUUGCGACAUGAGUUGGAGGCGGUGAGAGAACGAUGCCGCGCGGCAGAGCAGCAGCGGGAGCGGUUGAAAGGUUUGCUGCACGAGGAGCAACAGCGGACAGAGGCGAUGGCGAGGGAGCACUGCCAGCAACUUCAACAGGUCCAUGAGCAGGUGGUGCAUGAGCGACAGCACAUCAUGGAGAGUCUCAUGUCGGAGGUGGAAGAACAGAUGCGGAAUGCCUUCCGUGACGGUCGUCUCUAUGAGAAACGCCUCCGCGACGAGAAAUGGCAGCAGCGGAGAGCUUCCGCAAGCCACACGGCUGGUGGUGCUGGUUUGGAGCAACAGCGGCGGGUGGGUGUCUUGCCGCAGGGCCGUGGAUCUGCCCUGGGGGAGCAGGUUGCUGCCGGUUCUCGCAGCGGCAGUGACAGCGGCAGCAGCAACAACCGGGGCGGCGCUGGGGAUGUUUUGUCGAGGGUGGGGAGCGAAGCCGGAGGAGGUGGUCGGUUACCUCUCCACAGCCAAAAACCAAUAGAUCGAUAG